UAGUCGCAACUGGCAUUGACGGAAAUGGAUGUAAAGCUGCACAAGAUGCGUGGGGUUGUUAACAAACUCUACGAACGCAUAGAUUACCUAAUAGAAAAUUGUCCCAACAUGACUGCAGCACCCUAUAACUACAACUAUAUAUUUAAGUACAUCAUCAUUGGUGACAUGGGCGUGGGCAAGUCCUGUCUGCUGCAUCAGUUCACCGAGAAGAAAUUUAUGGCGAAUUGCCCGCAUACAAUUGGCGUUGAGUUUGGCACACGAAUCAUUGAGGUAGAUGACAAGAAGAUUAAAUUACAAAUAUGGGAUACGGCUGGUCAGGAACGUUUUCGUGCUGUGACACGUUCGUAUUAUCGCGGUGCAGCUGGUGCUUUAAUGGUUUACGACAUAACCAGGCGCUCGACAUAUAAUCACUUGAGCAGCUGGCUAACCGAUACGCGUAAUCUCACAAAUCCCAGCACGGUGAUCUUUCUAAUUGGCAAUAAAUCCGAUUUGGAGAGCACACGGGAGGUAACCUAUGAGGAGGCUAAAGAGUUUGCCGACGAGAAUGGUCUCAUGUUUUUGGAAGCCAGCGCCAUGACGGGCCAAAAUGUGGAGGAGGCGUUUUUGGAGACGGCACGCAAGAUCUAUCAGAAUAUUCAGGAGGGUCGCCUGGAUUUAAAUGCAUCCGAAUCGGGUGUACAGCAUCGACCAUCGCAGCCGUCGCGACCAUCGCUCAGCAGCGAGGCAACGCAUGCCAAGGAUCAGUGCUCGUGUUAAAUGUAUUAAAUUUCUCUAGACACACACACACAUACACACACUUAUAUACAUAUAUAUAUAUAGUUAUAAAAAUCGAAAUUUAAUUUUUAGCGCAACUCGUAAUCAUAUUGAUUUCUAAUCUAUCUAAAACAACAUACAAUGAGUAGAAAACAAA